UGGGACCUGCGUCACGCAGUUCUCCCGGUCCGCGUUUCAAACGCAGACGUCGCCCAGCUUUGUUUGGUCUUUCGGGGGUUAUUUUCUCGCGUUCAGCUCGGAACACCAGGCACUUGAUUUUUAGCGGUUAGCACUUAGCUUAUAGUUAGCUUCCAGCGUCCUGACGUCACCGGGCUGCCGUAGCGGCGGGGUCGUCGUUGCCCUGGCGACGGCGCUCCUCCGUUAUCGGCUGGCUGCUGUGUGAACUUUAACGCUGCGGGAGCAACUUCGAGCAGAGGCUUUAAGAACCACCGUGGGUUCAGGGGUGACCCACCCCCACCGUCUAUUAGCUGACGGCUGACACUAAACACUAAUUAUCGGUGCUAGCGAGCGUCUGUUUGAGCCGCUCCAGAAACCGCUCCCAAUGGCUUCGUGCCUGGUGCCCGACUUCCCAGCGGUUAUGGUGCUUCUGGAGCGGUUAAAGGAGCUGGACGAACACCUGAAAGACGAGGAGGUCCCGUUCGCACCUGAGGCCGGCCUGCACCUGGCGGAGAUGGCGGCUGCCGUCGCAGGGCUGGAGGCGGACAGGCGCGCCGCUCGUGAACAUUUGGAGGUGGAAAGCAUAGAAAACAGCAAACUGAGACACCAGAUCAACAACACGCGUGAACGAAUGAGCGAGGAGCUCGUGGCUGACGUAGCAGCAGCGCGGGCAUCAAACACUGAGGAGAUGGAGCUCCUGUGCAGAGACCUCAGUGCAGCCUCCCAGCAGAAAGAAGAAGCCAUAAAGAGGCAGGAAUUCCUUCUCAGUCAAAACGAAUCCCUGCGUCUGGAGCAGGAGCAGGCGAAGUCUGACCAUGACGCCAUCAUGGCCACUCUGAAUGAUUUAUUUGCCUUAAAGUACAGCUUGCAGAUGCAGCUGAACAUGACGUGGGAGAAGAUAGAGGAGCUGAGGUCCAGCAUCGCUGGUGUUGAACAGGACAGGUUACAGCUGGAGCAGAACAUAAAGCUGGAGAGAGAGGCUUUCUCUGAUAGAAAAGACAACCUCUCCAAAGAGGUGGGCCACGCUGAGGAGGAGGUGGAGCAGCAAAAGCACCUGAACAGGAGGAGCAGAAGAGAGCUGGACAGCAUUAAUAAGAAGAAAGAGAAAACCCAGGGACGGCUGGAUGAGCUCAUGGUUGAGUUGGCGAAGGUGGAGAACGGUGUGCACAGACUGACGGUGUCUCUGCGCCAUCAUGAGGAGCAGCUGGAGAGGGAAGCCCAAAAGCGCCAGGAGCUGAGGCAGCAGAGGGAGGCGCUAAAGGAGGAGCUGCAUGAGUUGGAGGAAACUUUCAGGCUCACCGUGCAGAACCUUCAGGAGGAAAUUGCCACAGUGGAUGGUAAAAUUGAGGAGGCCCGAGCAUCAAGACAACAUUUUCAGGACUCCCUGGCUCAGAUCUGUGAGGUGUUCAAGCAUCGGCACGCUGAAGAGAACAGGGUCAGGGCUGAGCAUCUGCAGGUCUCUCAGCAGCUGGAGCGGUCCAGGCGGCAGCUGGAGGAGCGCAUCGCCUCCAUCAUCAAACAUGGCAGGGAGAACAAAGAGAUGGAGAAGCAGAUCAGAGAGCUCCAGGAGACUGAUGUAAUCAACAGGCCUCUCUUUGAGAGGAAUCGGGAAGAGCUACGGAGCAAUGUGGAUGCAUCAAAGAAGAAUGUGGGCCGGCUUCAGGAGGAGAAAAAGCAACUCCUGCACCUCCUGGAGCAGGCAGAGAGGAAGCAGGAGGAGCAUGUGGAGAAAAUGACAUCUGGCAUCAGCCGCACUCGGAGAAGAUAUGAGGAGCUGCUUCAACAAGAGGUGGCGCUCCAGAAGCUGGAGCCCAAGAGCACUGAUGCCAACCUCCUGAUGAGCCAUGCGACCCAAUCCGAGGAGGGGUACAGAAGAAUAGAGAGCAGACACCUCCAGGAGGUACAGCAGCUCACCGCUGAUGUUGAGGAGGUUGCUCAGAGUGUUAAGGAGAAGCAGAGGGAGGUGGAGGAGAAAGAAGAGGUGCUGAAGAAGGUGGAGGCCGAGUGGAGCAAGGAGCAGAGCAGGCACCAGAGACUGGAAGUGCUCAUCAACAAGCUGAGGAAGAGGAGGGAUGAGCUGGAGCUUUCAAUUCAGGCACUGACGGAGAAAUCCAGGGACCUGCUUCAGCCCAAAGAGGAAAUGAAAGCUGAGCUGGAGGAGCUGCAAGCGCGCCACAUCGACACGCUCGGCGGACAGGCGUCUGAGCUAAGAGCCGUGGAGGUGAGCAUCUAUGAUUGCGGCGUGAAACUGGGGCAGGUCAGCAUGGAGAACAGCCGGCUGCAGCUCCGCAUCAGAGGGAUGACGGAGGACAUCGGCACAGCCAGACGGCACACGGACACAUGCUUACAGGAGACCCGGAGGUUCAGGCAGGACACAGAUGCAUUACGGGAGUGCUUACAGGAAGCCUGGAAGGAGGAUUUGCUGCUAACUCAGGACCAUCAGAGCGGUGACGGCAUCCUGCUCCUGUCGAUUAGUUCUCUAGUGGACCACCUGAAGACCCGGAGACAGCAGUUAGGAAACGUCAGCGCACUCCUUCACCAGCAAAUGCUGAAUUUCAGCAAACGACUGGGAGACAAAACGGCAGGGAAACCAUGCGGCUGAUGUCAUCCCCGACGCGUGGGCUCAUUUCAGGAAGUCUGCUGUCAGGAAUCUUGCGUACAGCAUUUAAGGCACUUAAAAUAAAUAAAUGUUUGCUGCAACAUAAAAAUAAUGUGAAGGAGCUUUUUUGUUGUUGUGACUGGUUCAGGACUGCCUGAAAAAUGUUAGCAGAGGUGGAGCUCAGUCCGACCUAAAACUGAACUUCAUGGAGUUGAUCCGCAUCCAGGAAUUUUUGAAACUGUUUUUUUCAUUGUGAGAUGCAGCAAAACGGGACUUUUCAUGUCCCAGAUACAAAAACACUGGGAGAUGAUGUCCUGGUGUUUUAAAGAAAGUAUCUUUGUGUAGUAGCUCAUAAGCUUUAAUGAACCAUGUACAGUAAAGUUUU